UGCAUCAAGUCUGGAAGCAAGGGCUCAAUUUUAACAGAAUCCACCUUAAAAUCUCUCCCUUAACUUAUGCCUACCUUCCACCACUUUGAGUGAGAAUAUCACAGGACAAGGGGGGGAAAUAAAGACGCCUCUGGAAAAAUCGGGUGUUAAUAGGACAAUAUCUGCUCGCGGUGGAGAGAGGGGAGAGAGACAACAGCGCAGCGAGAGAGAAAAAACCGAUUUGGUCUUGAGAGAGAGGGGGGUGAGUGCUCUCAAGGCAGAAAAUUCGAUGAUGACCAUGACUACGAUGGCUGACGGUCUGGAGGCUCAGGACUCGUCCAAGUCUGCUUUCAUGGAGUUUGGACAGCAGUCGCACUCACAGCAGAGCUCCCCAUCGAUGGGCAGCGGCCACUACCCGCUGCACUGUCUCCACUCCGGCUCACACUCUCACCACCAGCACGACAACACCCCGUACCCCGGGAGCAACACCUACAACAGGUCGUUACCUUACCCUUACGUGAGCCAUCCACACCACAGCCCGUACCUGCCGUCCUAUCACAACAACAUGGGAGGACAGACAAGGUUAGACGGCGCAGAGCAGCAGAAGACGACAGUGAUCGAAAACGGGGAGAUUCGUUUUAACGGCAAAGGCAAGAAGAUUCGCAAACCUCGGACAAUUUAUUCCAGUUUGCAGCUUCAAGCACUGAACCACCGUUUCCAGCAAACACAGUACCUCGCUUUACCGGAGCGCGCCGAGCUGGCCGCCUCUCUAGGACUGACGCAAACACAGGUAAAAAUUUGGUUUCAGAAUAAAAGGUCAAAGUUCAAGAAGCUGCUGAAGCAAGGCAGUAACCCGCACGAGAGCGAGCCCAUCCCGGGCUCCAUGUCCCUCUCCCCGCGCUCGCCGAGCAUCCCCCCAAUCUGGGACGUGUCGGCCUCAUCCAAAGGAGUAAACAUGCCGGCCAACAGCUACAUGCCCGGCUACUCUCACUGGUAUUCCUCCCCACAUCAAGACUCAAUGCAGAGAUAGACUGACGACGAAAGCAAGGUCAGGGAGCCUGUCUUGGAGAGGCCUCCGGAUCUCGGCAAUGCAGUUUCCAACGUAGCCUACAAUUUGUGUCAGCUCAGAAACUGGAUGCUGGAGAGGAGCAGGCAACAACAACAACAACAACGAAAAAAAAGCCCCCCUCUCUCUUCCACUCCUUUGCUGAAGGAUGAGACACAGCCAAGCCUCGGUGUGUGAUGAUGAUGACACAAACAAGGGAACUAACCAUUUUUAGCGUACAUGGCUGUUCAGUGGGCUCGCAUUUGUUAUGCUUUCAUUCUUGUCACCAUCUGAACCGUCAAUAUACCAAAUAUUAUCAGUGACAUUUUAGCCACUUUGGACAAAGACUGCUCACACUCUCUAUGCGCUGCUGUGGCGCCCAGAAACCUUUUUUUUUUUGCCAUGGUGGACUGCUUUUUUUUUUUUCAAAAUUUUCUUCCUUCAAUUUUUUUUCCUCCCUGAUUGUUUCUCCAACAUGCAAAACCAAGCAAAUUGUCUGUCUGUAAAUAUAAUCUGCGAUUUUAG